AUGGAGUCGGACAAUUACAAUAGAACAACAAAACGAGGAGGGGUUAUUGUUAAACAUUCUUUUCGGGACGUUAACAAAGGGGUCGGCCCUGGCUGCCCUAGCAACUGACGCGGUCCCGCUAAGUGCCUCGUGCAUGUGCUGUAGUUCAGUUUGUUAUUGGUUUCGUAUUUCACUUCAGAAAUCAAUGGCAUGUGGUAGGGGGUUACGUUAGUCCCCUCCCUGAAUAUUUCCACUAUUUAGGGGUGUAGAUAUACGCUGAACUUGGAUCCUGUUCAACACAGAUCAUAUGGCAUGGGACCUCGGUGGGAUUUCAACUAAUAUUUGGACUAUAAUCGCGUUCUGUGCCUCGUGGAGUGAAAGGGGGAAGUGUUUAUCCCAUAUCAUGUACACUUAGCACGCAAUCUGUCUUCUUUAUGCUUGAUAUAUUAAUGCUGAGAGAUAUAUGAGAAGGAGUACACGGUUCCUGCCAUUGAAGUCAACAGCAAUCAUCACCAUGCCUAAUUUAGCGAAGAAGAAGGUCUUCACGACCCAGUAUUACGAUGAUUACCAUAAAGCAAAGAAAAAGUUUGUCCAGCCGGGAAUGCGACCUACAUCAGCCCAUCGCAGUAACAACCCUCAUCCGCAAUCGGACUUUUUGGAGCCCAAGAACAUAAAGCAGAAGGAUGCCCAGAUGGCCCUGCAGCAUCGGGUCCAGAGAGCGGUCCAGGACUAUGUUCUCAAGUCCAUCGGGGAAGGCAAACUCGGCAACAUCAAGAAGAUCAUGGAGCACAGAGAGUACCCACAACUCACCCAGUCUCUCCCGGCUGGACCAGAUCACGGGCCUGGUAUAAGCAUCCAUCCAAAUCAACCAAAACAUGUUGACCUGAAUGGAUUCAUCGCGUCAUCAUUGAAUAUUCUUGAGGAUAGUCAACGUGUUGACAAGAAAGAAUUGAAACGAGAAAGAGGAAACCACUACAAAGCUGCUGCAAAGACCUAUGGCCAGAUACCUGCCACGCCCCCGCCCCGCCCCCCGUCGGUCAAACUCCAGACCCUUUCCCGCAAACCCCUCCUGAACCUCAGCACACAAUCCAUGACACUAGGCACUAAGACCAAGAGGACCCAUACCCCACCCACCCCUCCCCUGCAAGCAAGGCGGCCCAAGUCGGUUGCGUAUGAGGCCCAGGCUGCUGCUUUAGCUGGGUCAGGUGCGUCGACACCCAUGCAGAGGCCGGUGCUGUACAGAUCGAAGACCGCUCCGGGUCAGGCUGAGAUGGAAGGGAAAGAUAACAGUAAUGAGAAUGAUGACGAGAAGGCAGUCGAAGAAUCGCAUCCGGCUCCAAAAGCAACAACCGAUAGCCUUGCACCAAAGAUGAAGGCUUGGGUUGAAGGGGCUACAGAUUUUGAGAAAGACGUCGCAUACAACAUGCUUCAAUCUCUGAAUGGCGCUCAACCAGUUCCUCGGCCCGCGGCUCCUGGAAAUGCUAUGAUGAAUCCACGCCGAAGCAUGCCAGCCAACAGCAGAGUCCCAGCCGCCACUCACGUCUACAACCCGCCUUCGCCAGCCCCUAGACAAGCAGUGCCGAACAGGAAUGGCCGAGAUGAUACGCAUGUGCAGGCCUGGAUGAGGCAACUAAGAGAGAAGCUAGAGCUUCAACAACCAGGGUUGGAUGUUCGUCAGCUGCCAAAGUCGAUGGCUGCCUCCCAUCCUCAGGCUCCGCGUAAGAAGCGGGUCACCAUCGCCGAGGAAUACCGGCACGAGAACAGCCACUUCAUGAUGACCAAGCCGACGUACCGACGCCAUUUUAUCAUCGCACCGGACUGGGUGUCGGAGAGAACCUCUCAUCGUCGGCUUCAACAGCAGGGCUGGGCUAGGAAGAGCAGGCUCGGUAGCCAGGGUGUAGGGUAUUGAACCUAGGCUGUAAUCAUUACCAUCAUAAUGCCUCGGUCACACCGCUAAACCAACACCGACGCCGAACCGACCGAUUCUUGGUCAUUCUGGGGUAUUGUGUUUUUAUGUUCGGUCUUUAGUCGGUCUGGCGUCGGUCUCGUUGCCUGGUGUGACUGAGGAUUUACCAUUGUCAUCAGGAUGGUUUCAGUUAUUAGAAAUGAGUUCUAUGACACAUUUUGACAUGGCGAUUGCCAAAACAGCAUCAUUUGUUGAUCGGAAAACUGGCGGCUAGUUUCAAUAUGCCGGUACAUGUUUGAGAAAGGUGUCGGGAUUGUAGAAAUUAAAACUGUCACAAGUAAAUACAUUUUGGGAUGUGUCAUAGAAUUCAUCUCUAGUAAGUUUUCCUUGUUAUUGUUUCUGUGCUUUGCCACUAGAAAUGCUAACUCGGGAAUGAGACAACUGAAUCAAUCAUCUUUCAGAAGUUGCGAUUAAUUUGCAAUGUAUUGUCCAUGUAUUUAUAAAAGAAAAAUCCUUUAUCAUUUGUUUUGUGCUGAAUGUGAAAUCACGACCAAGCCUUUACUCUAUUUGGGCGCGAUGUGCCUUAAUAACUUAACAUAUUAGUUGUUUAGCGUGGGCUCAAUCGUAACUGAAGAAGUACGGGACGUCAUUGAAGGGACAGGGGCCGUCAUUAUAUGGGCACGGUGUUAGAAUGCAAGCGAACAAAAAGAGUUUGGGUUGGGGUCAUAUCAUCUUUCCACUAUUGUUUACCUUCUUCCUUUUUUAUUUUGGUGAUUAAUAUGGGUAUGUGCCGUGCCCGUGUCCCACCCUUCCCAACGGUAAACGUUACACUUUAUUCCUUCCAAAGAGUAUCAUACAUUAUUUCAAGUUUGCCUUGCGAGUUACACCUCACGAGUUACACCGAUGAAAAUCAACGAUGGGGAUCACUAACUGUUGCUGCAAAAAUGCAAAAAAUAAUACAUAUUUUAUAGUUUCAGGGUCGGAUAAAUCCCGACCCCAUAUGUGUAAAUUAAAGUUUUUAAAAGGAAACGGGAGGCGGUAUUGUAUGUUGAAUGCUAAAGGUAGCAUGCAGUUGCCAAGAAAAGUACCAUUAAUAAUAAAUAUGAUAGGGGAUACAAUUGAUCGUAAUCAUCAGAAGAUAACAAAUAAAUUGCGUGCAAUUAGUAGUCGUCAAUUUAUCAUGUGAAUAAUUAUCUUAAAGGUUAUAAAUCAACAUAAAGGGUCUUUUUGUUACUAUAUUAUACUGUAUUUCAUUAAAAUGUUAGCAAUUUACUAUCGAAUUCCGUCCUAUUCUCAAUCAUACGCAAUCUUUACCCGAUCUUUCAUUAUUCUUCAUCAUAAUGCACCUGAAAUUUGAAUAUAAAUCAGGUACAUGUAUUAGAAGUUGAACAAUUAGAUCAAUAUGAGACUUAAUAGUAAAAGCAAAAUGUUGCAGUGUGUGAAAACUGAUGUCAGUUGAUUUAAUUAACUGUAUGUAUUCGAAUUAUGUGACUAAUCUAUCGUGGUUGUUUCUUUUCUAAAAUAUUUGAAUGGAAAAUCUUAUGAUUCUCGAAGUAUAUUGUGAUGGAUAAUUUGAUAUAUUUUAUAAGAUCGACAGAUAGUCAUAUUCUAUGAAAAAAAAUUAUUUUAAAAUAUGAGAGGAAAGAUUGUUUAUUUUUCUUGUACAUAUCAUAUGUAAUUGUGAACAUGUCAAUUCUAUUUUUGUACGAUUCUACUAAUUCAGAAAUAAAUCGCUAAGUAUUCUGCAAUUAGUUCUUGUGAACAAGCAGAAAAUCACUUGAGAAUAAGCUAUGCAAUAAAAGGUAGUAAUAGAGAAAAUAAUAUUGGGUUGUAUUAUCGUAAAAUAGUAAUAUCGUUCUAUUCUGAAAGUAUAUCUUAUCAUUAUUAAUUCCAGUUAUGUUAAUAGAUGGAAAUAAAUACAUUUACACGAUGGCUCUUUUUAUAGUUGCAAAUUUAGAUUUUACUUUAUCAAUCAAUAAAUUUCUGACUAGAUUUUCUGAAUAUUUAAUUAGACUUAUCUUGACAACACUAAAGAUUGAAAGGCUAAAGCAUUAAUUUACGUAUACAUACACUUAAAUACCUGCGAAAUAGAUUUCAGAUUACAUAAUAACCGUUUUCUAUUUCCUUUGUUUAUUUCCUGUUGUAGAACUGGUAUCCAUAUAUAUUUUUAGUUCGAGCUCAGAUUAUAUUCGCCGACAGGCAUUUUCUUAAUUUGGUUAAUAUCAAAUUAAAUGCACUAAAUAUAACAACAAAAACACUCAUCAUUUAAAUGAAUGUAACGUGUUUAGAAGUUUCCUAAUUUUAUACUUUAUCCUAUAUACCUGGUGUAAAAUUUUGACUGAGGAUGGAAAAUUAAGCUCCCAAACAUAUCAUAUUCAUUUGUAUGCUAUGUGUUUUUUUUGUUGUUGAAACUGUUAACAUGUCUCCCUUUUGUAGAAAAAAAAGGUAGAAUUAUGAGCAAUGUUAGACAUUUUAUUGGUAAUGGAUAUGUAGAAGCUGGUUUCUUCUACCAUUAUUGCAAAGAAAAAAAAGUAGGUUUAGAAAAACAAUACCAACUGUCAUCAUUAAUCAUUUUCAAAAUAGUAGAUUUCACUAUAAUGACGUGUUACAUAAUCAGUAAUGACGUCAGCAGUAUAUGGUGAUAACUUUGUGUGAAGAAAGAAAGAAAAAAUAGUCACGUUUGAAUAUAAAAUAUAUUAUUUCUGAUAUUUUUCCCCACCUUUUUAUGCAAUCAUUUAACGAUUAUAUGUAUUCACUAAUUUUAUCAAUCAAUUGCAUGUGUAUGUGUGCUGAGUACGCAAUAAAAAGUACUGAUAAUCUUUCAUUCCAA